CAAAUUUGACAAACGCCAUUAAUACUUUUCAAACUUCUUAAUUGAUUUCUAAUAUAAAAUUACUAAAUAUGGCGGACAAAAGUGCCCAAAUAUUAGAACGUCUUCAGUUCCACCCUUGCGAUGUGCCACGUGGCAUGGAACCUUAUGACCUUCAAUGCUUAACCAGGUUGCAACAACUCAGACUAAACAACCAUAAAAUUGAAGUUAUCCGAGAGAAUCAAGCCUAUUUAUAUAAAACUCCAGAAAUAAGAGCAGUGGUUCAGAUAAUCAUCCGAAAGUUACUCUUAGACAGGCCCAGUCAUGACAUUCAAAAGUUUAUCGGUCAAUAUUUUCGUAAUCACUCUAAUACUAUAUUGGAAGAAAUUAACGAAUAUGUUGACAAGUACCCAAGGAAACCAUCCCCAAUUGAUCUUAAAAAAAAAGUUAUCACUAAAGAAGAUAAAAGAGUUACCAUGGAAGAUGUGAUGUCCGACGAAGGAAGCACAAGGGACGAUGAAUUAAUCUUUUCCAUUAAUUACGAUAAUGCCGUCGGAACCAGAAUCGUUAAGGAUAUUUUGGAUGAAAUUGUGGAUAAUAUCGGAAGCGAACAAGAGUAUUCGCCAAAACGAAUUCGGCGCACGUUAGUCGAAGAAGAAACGCUGGAGGACAAUUCCCUCGAUAAAUCCGACAAAUCGAUAGACGACGAGGAGCUUUUUUUCGAUUUCGGUCUGGACUUUGAUCUGGACUUUAGUGGUUACCAUGAGGAGGACGAUCCAACAUCGGUGCAAGGUCUAGAGGCUAGCGACCAAAAAAUCAAUAACUUGGGCAGGAUAGGCAAGUAACGUGCAGGCGCGAAGAGAAUCCUCUUUUGAAAAAACCAAUUGAAAAUCCGUUGGAGUAUUUAAAAGAAAAUAUACAUAUUAUAUAAUAUCAA